AUGCUUGAAGGCCUUUGUAAAAGUAGGGCUACUUUUAUGGUUGAAAAUGAGGAGACUCUUUCUACAAAGCCCAUUGCCCAAGCAAGCACCGAGAAACUAGAUACAAAAAAUGACAUAACUACAUCUAGUGUGAAUUCUACAACAUCACCUUCAAAUGGAAAGCUUCUUAAUAAAAAGGAUUUGGAUGUUCCUGUAGAGCAUCCUUCUUCAUUACCUGCGAAAGAGAUUGAGGUUGUCAUUGAAGAUCAUCUAAUCGAUGAUGGUCAAAAUAUCAAGUCAAGAGAGGUUGAUAUUCCUAUAAAGACCGAUAAAGAGAAAUCUCCAUCAAUAACUAUUAGUUCUCCUACAAAUAAGGAAACUAUAUUGAAAAGUGUCAACCUUAAAGCUACUAAAGGUCGUAGCUUACGGUCUAUCAAAAGAAGUAAGGCAAAUAUGAAGUCUAUUUUGAGAAAUGACAGAAACAAGGAUGAAGCAAGCUCUAUGAGAGGACUUGGCCUCUGUAAAAUAGAGAGUGAAAGAAGAACGUACAACACAUAG